AUUCCAGCUCCAUCCAACAAACAACCACCUCAAGCUUCCCCUUCGCCUCUACUUUCCCCGAAGGAUUUCUUUCGCCACAGAUAUUCCCAAAGCAUCUCCGUUGCUCUCCUCCUCGGAUUCCUCUUCCUCUGCCCCUCCUACUCUACUCCUACCCUUACUAUUCUUCUCCCUCCUAACUUGUUUCCCUUCCUUCUACUCCUUUUCCCUGGUGCUUGCCCGAUCUUCCUACCAGCCGUGCCAAGACCCAAGAAACGCAGGAGGCAGGCCUGUCAGGGGCCGGCAUGUGCGUGGACGACGCAGAGAGGCUCGAUUUUGGAGACGCCGGAGUGGAGAAGCCCGCCGAGAUCACCUUGCCUCAUAUGGAGAGUGUUUGUGAGAACACCACAACUGCUGAUUUCAAGCAGAGUAACUUUGCCAAUUUCCUCCCAAAUGUUCGAUCAGGGGGUUGGUCAGAUAUUGGAAGUCGUCAGUACAUGGAAGAUACCCAUGUGUGUAUUGCUGACCUAGCUAAAAGCUUUGGUUAUCCAACAGUGGAUAAGGAAGUUGUUUCCUUUUAUGGGGUCUUUGAUGGGCACGGUGGAAAAGAUGCUGCCCAUUUUGUUCGUGAUAACUUACCAAGGGUCAUUGUUGAAGAUGCUGAUUUUCCUCUUGAGCUUGAGAAAGUAGUGAGCAGAUCCUUUGUGCAGAUAGAUAAUCAGUUUGCUGAUAAAUGCUCUCACCACAGAGCUCUGUCAUCCGGCACAACAGCACUUACAGCAAUGAUUUUUGGAAGGUCACUUCUGGUUGCCAAUGCCGGUGAUUGCAGAGCAGUUCUUUCCCGGUGUGGUAUUGCAAUGGAGAUGUCGACGGAUCACAGGCCAUGCAGCCUGAGUGAAAAAAUGCGGGUAGAGUCACUUGGUGCCUAUGUGGAUGAUGGUUACCUGAAUGGUCUGUUAGGAGUCACUAGAGCCCUUGGUGACUGGCAUCUUGAGGGAAUGAAAGAAGCAGAUAGGCCUGGAGCAGGCCCCCUGAGUGCUGAACCAGAGGUCAAGAUGACCACACUGACAAAGGACGACGAGUUCUUGAUCAUCGGCAGCGAUGGGAUCUGGGAUGUCUACUCAAACCAAAAUGCCGUGGAUUUUGCACGGAGGCGUCUCCAAGAGCACAACGACGUGAAGCUGUGCUGCAAGGAAAUCGUCGAGGAGGCAAUAAGGCGGGGAGCCACAGACAACCUAACUGCAGUGUUGGUUUCUUUUCACCUGGUGGCGCCGCCUCAGAUCAGAGUAAAUCGGCCUGGCAGGGUGGCAAGGAGCAUAUCUGCUGACGGGCUCAAUAGCCUCAGGGUACUCCUGGGAAGCCAAUAACAUCAUUCUUGUGCUGUGAUCGGAGUACUAUGCCGUGUUGUUGAGCUCUAAUUGUAUGUAGUCAUGUUCGCACCUCAUUGUUCUUAGUUGUUAACCAUUGCUGAGACAGUGGUUACUAUUCUUGUUGGUAAUUAAACCAACAAACAUGAGCUCACACUUGUGAGCAAUUCUUAGUGGCUGGAACCCAGCCUCACUUCGUCACAUAUUUCCCUAUUUGCUCUGUAAAUACAAUUGUUGGAGAUUGCCACUGCA